CCCACCUCUCGUUACCAGUCGCUCUUCCUCCUCUUCUCACUUCAGGUUAACUCCUCCUCCAGUAGUAAAGACACGGCCGAGGUCUUCUUCGUCAGUAGCAGCUCCAAGACACACAGCCAAGAUGGUGGUACAGUUCAAGGUGUUCAAGAAGGCGUCGCCCAAUGGCAAGCUGACCAUCUACCUGGGCAGGAGGGACUUUGUUGAUCAUGUGUCAGCUGUCGACCCCGUUGAUGGCGUGCUGGUGCUGGACGCGGACUACCUGCAGGGGCGUAAAGUGUUCGGCCAGCUGGUGUGCAGCUUCAGGUAUGGCCGAGAGGAGGAUGAAAUGAUGGGUCUCAACUUCCAGAAGGACCUGUUCUUGGCCUCCGAGCAGAUCUACCCACCCAAGAACACCGAGCCCACCAAACUGCAGGAGCGUCUCAUGAAGAAACUCGGCGCCAAUUCCUUUCCUUUCACGUUCAAGAUGCCCGAGAACGCCCCGCCCUCUGUUACCAUCCAGCCCGGACAGGAUGACGAGGGGCGCCCCUGUGGUGUGGAGUAUUACAUUAAAGUCUUCGUCGGCGAGAACGAGGAGGACCGCAGCCAUAAGAGAUCUUCGGUCCAACUCAACGUUCGUCGCAUCCAGUUCGCGCCCAGUAAGUCUGGCCGCCAACCGUGUACCAUCGUCAGGAAGGACUUCUUGAUGAGCCCAGGAGAGCUAGAGCUGGAGGUGACGCUAGACAAGCAGCUUUACUACCAUAACGAGAAGAUCGCCAUCAACCUGACGGUGAAGAACCACAGCAACAAGACAGUGAAGAAAAUCAAGGCCGCUGUCCAGCAGUCUGUUGACAUCUGCCUCUUCUCCGGCGGCCAAUACCGCAGCACCGUGGCCAGCGUCGAGACACACGAGGGCUGCCCCGUGUCGCCUGGCUCCGCCCUGCAGAAGGUUCUUUACCUCUCGCCGACCCUGAGCAGCAACCUGGACCGUCGCGGCGUCGCCCUGGACGGCCACCUCAAGAACAUCCACACCAACCUUGCCUCCUCCACACUGCUGGCCAAUCCAGAGUCGCGGGACAUGUUCGGGAUGGUGAUCUCCUACACGGUGAAGGUGAAGCUCUACCUGGGAGCCAUGGGUGGCGAGGUCACGGCUGAGUUGCCUUUCGUCCUCAUGCACCCCAAGCCUGAUCUCCGUCGGAUGAUGAGGGCUGACAGUCAGGCACAGGUGGAGGCCUUCCGCUCUGACAGUAUUGGUCAGUCCGUCGACAUGGACUAAACCUCUUCUACGACAUCUCCGGGCGGCGACAGGUGGCCUCUUCUGCACCACAAGGCAGCUGAGAGGACCCAAGACCCUCAUCGUGGCGAUCAUCAGAGUUUGCUGUCCUUAGUGUGUAUUUAACACCUCCGCGGUCACCAUGAGUCUCCAUCACGGCAAAAAUAUAGUGUUCUGGCUCCCGUAUUGGUCGGUGAUCGAGUCUUUCCUUUGGUCAGUGAACGACAUACCAAACAAAUAUCGCUGAUACAGAACGAGCCUCUCACUGAAAAACAUGAACACAGAAAAACUCGAGUUUUUCCCCAAGUCCUCCUGCCCACCGCCUUAUUGUAGUCUUCCUCUUGUCUUGUGACCUUGUAAACAAAUCGCGAAUAUUAUUGGAAAUACCCUAAAGUGCACCAGAACCUUCAGAUAUUAACAGAACCUCACACUUACAGUAUAGUAUAUAACUAAUACACAAGUAUGUAGUUUGUAGUGAACUCACUAUAUUCUAUUUAUUUAUUGCAAACCUAAACAGGUCGUGUAAUUCAACAAUCAUGAUGCAGUAAGUCCUCGUCGUGGGUCGUUGUGUGAUGUCAUCAGUGAAAAUCGGGAAAUAAACCCCAAGAGAAACAAAGGCGACAUCUUAUCAUAUUCGCAAGUGUUAAUGUUCUUCUCUGUGAUAUUUAACUAGAUAGAUUUAUGCAGCCAUCAGGACUAUUGUGGUGUGUGAGGGAGAGCGGAAACGGACUCCACCUCCUUCUGGAGUAAAGGACCAUUGUUAUAAAACAACCCCGGCUUAAGAGACCAUUGAUAUAUAAUACACUCUCAGGUGUUGAAAGUUUAUUGUUUUGAAAGUAAAGCAAAAAUUACUGAAAAUUAUUAGAAAAAUUAUCGUACCUUCACGCUCGCCAUUAGGAACCACGUCAUGGAACAAUUCGUCAAGUGUUUUUUUUUCAGGUACGUCAAGGAAUCUACGUCAGUUUUGACUGUGAAUUUCUGUCUAGUGAUGAAAAUAUCAAAUCCUUCUUUCUUAUCAUCAAUUCAGUAUACAUUUUUUUUUAUUGACAUAUAUUGUGUUUAUUGGAGCUUUUAUUUAAGUUAUUGGGCCAUUAUAAUCCCUGAAUUCUCGACAAAAUUUAUUGGUUAAUAAAUAAUCAAUUGGCAA